AUGUAUGCCUGCGUGUUUCUGUGCUUCUGGGGAAACAUGUCUCACUCGUGGGCUUUAUUAGGUCACCUGCACCUCACUCACACUCCAGUCCACUACUCCACGUCGUGCUUGCUGCUCCAGUCCACCCUAAGCUGCGAGGAGUGCGCCGCCGCCGCCGCCGCCGCCUUCAUCGCUCGCAGCCGGCUCCGUCGCUCGCAGCCGGCGGGGCCGCUGGACGACGGCAACCUGCUCGCCGAGAUCCUCCUCCGCCUUCCCCCGCAGCCCUCAUCCCUGCCCCGCGCAUCCCUCGUCUGCCACCGCUGGCGCCACCUCGUCUCCGACAACGGCUUCCUCCGCCGCUUCCGCCUCCACCACCGACGCAACCCUCCCCUCCUCGGCUGCUUCAGUGAACGCCGCCUAGAGUUAUCUUUCAUGCCUAUGCUUGAGGCCCCCAAUCGCAUCCCCGCCGGGCGCUUCUCCUUGCAGCUCGACGACAUCAGACUAGCACCUGCCGCACAAGGGGGCGGAUUAGUUAUGCCUGACAAAGGUUUCAGCGUCCUCGGAUGUCGCCAUGGCCUGGUCCUAAUCUCCAUUCCAUCGUGGAAUCAGGUCCUGAUCUGGGACCCUGUCACCGGCGACCAGCACCGGAUUGCCCUUCCCCUGGGGUUCGAUGCAAAGAAAACCUAUAUCACCGGGGCGGUGCUCCGGUCCGCUGCCGGAGACGCCCACCACUUCCAGGUAGUCGUGGUAUGCAACGACAUUCAACAUACACGAGUGGUUGCCUGUGUCUACUCGUCGGAGACAGAUGAAUGGGGUAAUUCUAUCUCCAUACUGAUUCCUUUCUAUGUUACGGGAAGGCCUACUGUGCUGGUUGGGGAUUCCCUUUACUGGCUACUUGCUGUGGGUGGAAUUCUUGAGAUUGAUUUGAAGAGGCAGAGUCUAGCUGUGAUACAAUGGCCGAUGGAUAAGGGUACAUUCUCGCUGAUGCGGGCAGAGGGCGGUGGCCUUGGUCUCUUCUUUCUAUCGGACCUUGGCGCCCAAUUAUGGAAGAGAAAGACUGACUGUGGUGGUGUUGCUUCAUGGGAGCUGGGAAAAACUUUGGAACUGAACGAGUUAAAGACUCGGUCUGGGUUAAACUCCUUGACGAUAGUAGGGUUUGCUGAGGACAAUAAUGUGGUGUUCCUGUCGAGAGGUUCAACCUUUUUCAUGGUUCAGCUUGAGCCAUUGGAGCUCAAGGAACUUUCUGAGGUCGACAAUUGGUGUUUCUAUUAUGCAUUCGAAUCUGUCUAUACUGCAGGCAUGGGCAUUUGCGGUGGACAUGGUGGAGCUGAACAUCUGCACAACGCAUAAGAUCAUUUGUCUGGAUAGACGUGCUAUCAUGAUGGACGGAGUGAGCAGGUAUCAAGACUUCAAGAGGUACCUUUUGGUGGCUGAGAUGUGGAGAUGGCUUGUUUGAUGUAGGUUCUACGGCUGCUCGUGAUGUGUCAUCCACAAGGAAUAUUUACCCUCUGGUGAAAUGUGAGGCGAACUCGUAUAGUAGGAAGUAACAUGUCCUGGCCAGUGCCCAACCGUGAAGUGUGAAUUAAUCUCUCAAGCUGUGAACUUCCGUCUCUUAUUUGAUUUAUGUAAGAAACCAUUCCAACUGCCGUCAAGACAGAUUUAACCUGCUUGGAUUAAUCCAUUGCCUUCGAAGCAAGCAUUCUGAUCUUGCAUUGCAUGCAUUC